UGGUCACGGCCAGCCCCGGGGCGGGGGGGAUGGGGCGACACCGGCUGGCACCGUUCGGACCGGGGGAGGGGCACUCCCACGCCCCAUCUCGUGCCUCAAUCCACCCUCGCGCGGUGUUCUGCUCCGCGCGCGGCUCCGCGGGGGGGGACUUAUCCCACGGGAGGAGGGGGGUGUGACACGGGGCUCCCCCCGCGCCCAGCGCCAGCCCCGGCCACCUGAGUGACAGCUCCCACGGCCGGCACACCGCCGGGACAGCCAAUCUCCGCUGGCACCGACGGAAGGGAGGCGGUGCUGCUGUCUCCCCCCCCCGCGUCCUCUCCAUCCCCCCCGCGCCGAGCGGUGUCUCUUUCGCAGGUGGCACCAUGGGGACAGGCUGUGCCGCCGGGACCCCUCCUGCUGCCCCCCAGCCGGCCCCAGCGCUGCGCUGCUGAGGAUCGCGUCCCAACCUGGGCAUGUGCUGCGGGACGGUGCCACGGUCUCCCCCGGCUGGCGGGCAGCCCCGGCCCCGUGAGCACCCGGCGAGCCGCGGUCGUACCGCUCGGCCGCCGCCAUGGCCCAGGGCUGGGAGGACGCGGAGAUGACGGCGGCCGGGCGGUCGCGGAGCUCCAGCAGCGAGGUCAGCCUGGCGCCCCGCUGCCUGCUCAGCAAGCAGAGCCGCCUGCUCAACGGGGUCACCCGCAGCGCCCGCGCCACGUCCCCCAUGGGGCGCGUCAUCCUCAUCAACUCCCCUAUUGAAGCCAGCAGCAAUGAGAGCGAUGUCAUCAAUGCCAUCACGGUGGAGAAGAGCACGGAUGGCAAGCUGGGCUUUAGUGUCCGUGGUGGCUCCGAGCAUGGGCUGGGCAUCUUCGUGAGCAAAGUAGAAGAGGGCAGCGCUGCCGAGCAGGCCGGGCUGUGCGUGGGGGACAAGAUCACGGAGGUGAACAGUGUGAGCCUAGAGAACAUCACCAUGAGCAGUGCCGUCAAGGUCCUCACUGGCAACAACCGCCUCCGCAUGGUGGUCCGGCGGAUGGGCCGUGUGCCGGGCAUCAAGUUCUCCAAGGAGAAGACAGCCUGGGUGGAUGUGGUGAACAGGCGCCUGGUGGUGGAGAAGAGUGGCUCAACGCCAUCAGAAAGUGGCUCUGAGGAUGGUCUGCGGCGCAUCGUCCACCUCUACACCACCUCUGACGAUUACUGCCUGGGCUUCAAUAUCCGCGGAGGUCGGGAGUUCGGCCUUGGCAUCUACGUCUCCAAGGUAGACCCCGGGGGGCUGGCGGAGCAGAAUGGCAUUCGGGUGGGUGACCAAGUCCUUGCAGCCAACGGAGUCAAGUUCGAAGACAUAAGCCAUAGCAAGGCGGUGGAGGUGCUCAAGGGGCAGACCCACAUCAUGCUUACCAUCAAGGAGACCGGCCGCUUCCCUGCCUACAAGGAGCUGGUGGCCGAGUACUGCUGGCUCAGCCGCUUGACCAACGGGCAGCUGCAACAGCUCUCUCAGACCUCGGAGACCAGCUCCUCCAUCUCCUCAUACUCCUCGGGGCCACCGCCAGGAACAGUGAAUGGGCUGGGGACGGUGACCCCUGGGCCACCCACCCGCACAGUGGACGUGGCCAUCUCCACAGAGGACGGGCCGCGGCGGGGCUGGGCACGGGAUCGUGCUGAACGGGCCAUGCAGACUGAACCAGCCACUGAGGGGCUGCAGGAAACACGGCGCACGGUGCGGCCCCCAGAGCUGCUGCGGGACACGGCCAUCCGAGGCCAGGGUGCCCGUGAGCCCCCCGGCACCCACCCGCGCCGCACCUUCUCCCACUCCCCCAAAACGGCGCUGCUGUUGGCGCUGAGCCGGCCCCGGCAGCCCAUCACACGUUCCCAGAGCGACCUCACUGUGGCUGAGGAGAAGCGGAAGAAAAAGCCGGAGGGACAGGGGUCACAGGGGGCUCCUCCCGGGCUGCACCGCUCCAAGACCCUCGUCAACCUUUUCUUCAAGGGUGGCCGCACCAGCAGCCAGAGCUGGGCACCCCCCAGCCCCGAGCCCCCCAGCUCCGAGCGCUGGGCACGCACCAAGUCCCCGGGGCGUCCUGAUGGGGACAGAGAGAAAAGCCGCCGUGGCCCCAUCCCAGCCCCAUUCUGCAGCCCGGGCACUCCACAGCCUGACGGUGGUGAUCCUGAGGCACGGCUUACGCUUAUCCAGGACACAGCAGCCCGGCUGCUCAGCCCCGAUGAGGUGACGGCCGUGCUCCGCCACUGCACUCGGUACCUGCAUGAGGGCGGCGUGGAGGACCUGGUGCGGCCACUGCUCGCUAUCCUGGACAGGCCCGAGAAGGUGCUGCUGCUGCGGGACGUCAGGAGUGUGGUGGCCCCAACAGAUCUGGGGCGUUUUGACAGCAUGGUGAUGCCACUGGAGCUGGAGGCUUUUGAUGCCCUCAAGAGCCGCUCAGUGCGCUCGCCUGCCCUGCGCCCAGCCCACCAUGAUGUCCCCCCCAAGCGACACCUCAUCACGCCUGUGCCUGAUUACCGCGGAGGGUUCCUGCUGAAGCCAGCGGGGGCCCCUGAACCAGAGGAAGUCGAGGGACUGCCACAGAGCCCAGCCCGGCUGAGGGCCUCCCCAAGCCCUCGCCGGCUGCACCCCCGCACCUACACCCCACUCCCUGACGUGCCAGUGGAUGCCUACACCUACACCGGUGGUCCCCCACCCACCCUGAGCCCCAGGCCCCCCAACUGGCUGCUGGCUGAGCCCCCGCACAGCCCCCAGCCCCAGGAUGGGCGCUGCUCGGUGUCGGUGAAGCCCCGGAGAGUACGGGCUCCCCUCACACUGGGAGGUGAGAGGGGGGCUGUGCCACUCGCCAAUGGCCCCAGGGAGGAAGAGGAGGAGGAAGAGCGGCUGCUGACUGUCACCUUGUCCAAGCUGAAGCAUUCACUGGGGAUCAGCAUCUCUGGUGGUAUUGAGUCACGGGCACAGCCGAUGGUGAAGAUUGAGAAGAUCUUCCCUGGGGGGGCCGCUUUCCUCAGCGGAGUCCUCAAGGCAGGGCACGAGCUGGUGUCAGUAGAUGGGGAGAGCCUACAGAAUGUCACGCACCAGCGUGCUGUGGACAUCAUCCGCCAGGCCUACCGCAACAAAGCCAAGGAGCCCAUGGAGCUGGUGGUGCGGGUGCCUGCUGUCCCCCCGGAGUGACACCGCGCCUCCCCAG